CUACCUACUGUAUUACCUUGAGUCUGGGGACGGCUUCGGCUUGGUACUCUUUCUUGACUGUAUUCUAUUUACUUUUGUUGCUUUAUACAUUAUGUAUUCUAUCUGUCUUCAUUUCACGACUUCUUUACGCUUGCAUGUGCAUCUUGUCUCGCACUGUGUUACCCUUCCCUUUCUUAUUCUGUCCGUCGUGUCGUGUCGUGUCGUGUCACGUCGUGUCCCCUCAAGUUCUGUCCUACCACUAACCAAACUCAAAGCAAGUGGUCGUCAUCGGCGCAUCGGCGCAUCGGCAUAUCGGCAUACGGCACACGGCACGUCGGCAGCUCCACUAGCGCCCGCCUCCACACAGCCCUACGCCGCCCUGACGAUCUCAACCACGAUGGUGGACUAGGAACCCGCGCCCCAGCUAGCCAGCCAGGCGGGCGCUACAAAACGUCGCUGCAGUUCCAUGGCACGCGUGGCGUCUUCUCGAUGCCAGCGCUACGCACAAUGGGUAGGUGCGCGCCGGAGCGCUGAGCGCAGAGUCGUGACGUCAGCAUGAAGACGAC